UUUCAUACGUCUCAAAACACCUCGUCUCGCUUGCUUUGCACGGGAUAUACGCCAUGCCAUCCUACUUCACCGAUAAAAGCAUCGCCGCCGUCUGCGCCUCAAACGUCAACCGCAGCAUGGAAGCGCACUACCUGUUCCUUCGAAAAGGCGUACAAAACGUCUAUUCAUUCGGCACAAGUUCGCAGGUCAAGCUGCCCGGCACAACGCAGGCCACGCCAAACAUAUACGACUUCAAAAAGACAUAUGCGGAAAUUUAUGAGGAUUUGAUCGCCAAAGAUGAGGAAUUCUAUAGAAGAAAGGGACUCUUGAGCAUGAUCCAUAGAAACAUGAAGGUCAAGCCGAGACCCCAGCGAUUUCAAGACGAAGUCUCCCUGCAAUUUGAUAUUAUUUUUACCUUUGAGGACCGCGUCUAUGAUGUCAUUGUAGACGAUCUGUUGCAUCGAGAGGCUUCAUCUCAUCAACCGGUGCAUAUCAUAAAUUUCACGAUCAAAGACAGUCAUGAAGAUGCCAUUGUUGGAGCACGCAACGUCUAUCGCCUGUUUCAGAUUAUCAAUUCAAAAGGCGAUACCUGGGUAGACGAAGUAGACGCAGCCAUAGACGAAUUCAAAGAAAGCAGUGAUGUAGAUCACUCUAUACUGCACUGUACUAUGUUUUAUUAG